AUGAAGAACACCAUCAUUCUAAUCUUCUUCUGCUUUGUCCUUCCGUUCACAUUUGCUGAUCUACGUGAUGGCUUCUAUAGCUUAACCUGUCCUAAAGCAGAGACAAUUGUUCAUGAAGUUGUGCAAAGGCGUUUCAACCAGGAUAGAUCCAUUGUCGCAGCCUUUCUUCGCAUGCACUUUCAUGAUUGCUUUGUUAGAGGUUGUGAUGCCUCAAUAUUAAUAGAUCCAACCAGCACUAGGACAUCAGAGAAAAAUGCAGGACCAAACCGAACCGUUCGUGGAUACGAUGUAAUUGAUGAAGCGAAAACACUCUUAGAACAAGAGUGCCCUUCAACAGUUUCAUGUGCUGACAUCAUAACACUUGCCACUAGAGAUGCCGUGGCACUGGCAGGAGGAAUCAGGUACAGCGUGCCCACGGGAAGAAGAGAUGGUCUACUAUCCGACCCCUCACAAGUCAACCUUCCAGCACCAUCACUCUCCGUGUCACGGGCUCUUCAAUUUUUCACCGCAAAAGGGUUAACACUUGAGGACAUGGUGACCCUUUUGGGAGGACACACGGUUGGUUUUGCUCACUGUAGUGUCUUUCAAAAUAGGCUUUCAAGUUUUAAAGGGACACUUGAUCCCACAAUGGACCCUGAUUUGGAUGCAAAGUUGGUGCAAAUCUGUGGGUCACUCAAUAAGCCACCAAAAGGUGACCCUCUUGUGUUUUUGGACCAAAAUUCACCGUUUAAAUUUGAUAGUGAAUUUUACGACCAAAUGCUUCGAAAGAGAGGGGUGCUUCAUAUUGAUCAGGAACUAGCUUUGGACCCUUUGUCAAAAGACAUGGUGGCUAAUUUUGCGGCUGAUGGUAAUAGCUUUCAACAGAAAUUUGCAAAUGCUAUGAUAAAGAUGGGGAACAUUGGUGUUUUGGUUGGGAGUGAGGGUGAGAUCAGGAAGAAUUGCAGGGAGUUUAAUUUUCCUUUGUAG